AGACCGGGCUAGCAGCAUGGUGGAUUCUGUGCAACCGUAGGUUCGGGUGCCAAUGGAGAGUCGGCCUCCUCCAGCAAAGAAGUUCAAAACAUCAUUGUCCGUGUGUGCUCAAAGGCGGGACAAUGCACUCUCGCGGGAGAUGGAGAUUGACCAACAGCGGAGAGAACUGCCCAUCUAUCGGGCUCGGGGAAAGCUCCUUGGACAACUGCGACAGCUGGACGCGGCGGUGAUCAUUGGUGAGACAGGUUCGGGGAAGACGACACAGAUUCCACAGUAUCUGUAUGAAGCCACCAUCGGGCGACAGGGUAUCAUUGGCGUCACACAGCCCCGACGUGUGGCAGCAAUAUCACUUGCAGCUCGUGUCUCAGAAGAAAAGAAAACAGAGUUAGGCACGUUGAUUGGAUACACUGUCCGUUUUGAAGAUCUCACCUCUGACAAGAGUAAAAUUAAGUUUUUAACCGAUGGGAUGCUGCUUCGAGAGGCAAUCGGAGACCCACUCCUUCACAGGUACAGUGUGGUGAUUUUGGAUGAAGCCCAUGAAAGGACUGUCCACACAGAUGUUCUCUUUGGCAUUGUGAAAGCCGCACAGAAAAAGCGAAAGGAACUCGGCAAAAUGCCACUGAAGGUAAUUAUCAUGUCUGCCACAAUGGAUGUCGAUCUCUUCUCUCAGUACUUUAAUAGAGCACCUGUUUUGUAUCUGGAAGGGAGACAGCAUUCCAUUCAGACCUUCUACACAAAGGAACCUCAGAGUGACUAUCUCCACGCUGCUUUAGUGUCAAUUUUUCAGAUCCACCAGGCAACACCACCUUCACACAACAUUCUGGUUUUUCUGACUGGUCAAGAGGAAAUUGAGGCUAUGAGUCGAACAUGCAGGGAAAUUGCCAAGCACCUUCCACAAGGCUGUGCGCAGAUGUCAGUAUUCCCUCUGUAUGCAUCACUCCCUCACCUGCAGCAGCUUCGAGUCUUUCAACUGGGACAGAAGGGCUGCCGUAAAGUGAUUCUUUCCACAAACAUUGCAGAAACAUCAAUCACCAUUCCAGGCAUCAAGUACGUUGUGGAUACAGGCAUGGUUAAAGCCAAGCGCUACACCCCUGAGAGUGGGUUGGAGGUCCUUGCUGUGCAGAAAGUUUCAAAAGCCCAGGCAUGGCAGCGAGCAGGGCGGGCAGGACGGCAGCAGGCAGGAAUCUGUUACCGACUAUACACUGAGGAGGAGUUUGAGAAAUUCCUAAACAUGACCGUACCAGAGAUACAAAGAUGUAAUCUGGCGAGUGUGAUGCUUCAGCUGCUGGCCCUUCGGAUACCCAACGUCUUGACAUUUGACUUUAUAUCAAAACCAUCUCCAGAAGCAGUGCGGGCAGCCAUUGAACAGCUUGAGCUGCUGGGUGCAGUCGAGUGCAAAGACAGCCAGAUCAUUCUGACACAAAUGGGCAAGAAAAUGGCAGCAUUCCCUCUGGAACCCAGAUUUUCCAAGGCUGUCCUACUGUCCCCAGAGUUUCACUGUUCUGAGGAGAUGCUGACCAUCGUUUCAUUGCUUUCUGUGGACAGUGUCCUGUACAAUCCACACAGUAAACGGGAGGAAGCACACUCUGUGAGAAAGAAAUUCAUCUCUAGCGAGGGAGAUCACAUGACCCUCCUGAACAUGUAUCAGGCUUUUAAGAAUGUAGGAGGACAUAAGGAAUGGUGUAGAGAGAACUUCGUGAAUGGCCGAAACAUGGCAAUGGUAUCAGAAGUUAGAUGUCAACUGCGGGAUAUUUGUGCAAAGUUUGGAGUUCGUUUGGAAUCUUCUCGUUCAGACACCAGCAAUAUCCGUCGGUGCUUGGCUCAUGCGCUGUUUCUGAAUGCUGCAGAACUGCAGCUGGAUGGGACGUAUGCAACCCUGGACACCCGGCAGCCUGUGGCUAUCCAUCCCUCCUCUGUCCUUUUCCACUGCAAACCUUCCUAUGUUUUGUACAAUGAAUUAUUGCACACAUCGAAGUGCUACAUACGGGACUUGUGUGUGGUAGAUCCUGAAUGGCUUUAUGAGGCUGCCCCAGAAUAUUUUGGUAGAAAGUUGAAAAGAGUAAAAAGUUAAUGCAUCUGAGAUGGCGACUGCUCCCCGUAUAUCUGUUGUAGACAGGUGCAUCAUUGGUUUUCAGAAGACAAACAACCACAAGAUUUUGCACUAAAAUAUCUGCUUUUUUAAAUAACUUUUAUAUUACUUGGAAAGUAGUUCGUAUGUGAAUUAACAAAGCAUAAUGCAUUAUUGGCCUUUUCUGAUACAGCUUCAGUAGAAGAAAUGGAUUGACCAACAAUAUUAACUCUUAUUUUCUACUGUCAAAUGUUUUUGUUGAGAGUUAGUCAAUGGUGGAGUCAUGAAAUUGUGUUUUAACAUUUUUACACACCAACUAGAAGGAAUUUAAUGAGUCAUUGCUUUUUAGAUUUCCUUAAAGUGAGAGAUCUCAGGGAAAUUCAGAAGUGCAUGAGGAUCUGUCUGUGCAGCAUGAUUGGGGCAAACGUGUCUGCACAAUACAGUUGGGGGCAUCCAUGUUUUGUAGUUUAGUCAACUUUGUGCUUAUACCUUUUGUAAUGGCUUUUAUUUAAUUGUAAUACAUUAGAUUCAACCCCAGGAUCUCAUGCUGAAACUGAAUAUGAAAUUCCAAGUGUUAUUAUCACAUUUCCUUUGAGGAUUCUUUAGCUAUGUAUUUUUUUUUUAAAAAGUCAUUUGCUGCAAUUCAUUAAUUUCUGUCCUUAAGCCAUUUCUUUUUCAGACCAAGCUGACACUUGUUCUUCUUUAUUCAAGUGAGCCUAAAUUUUGUUGACCAUUCUUUUUAUGUGGAGUUUUGUCAAUUAGAUUAUUUAAAUGUGAGCUGCCCUUUACAAAUAUCUGCUUUACACCCUUUACAAUUAACUCAAUCCUCUUGAGACCGCAAACAUUCUGGGGACGUGGGUUCAAAUCCCAGUAGAUUAGAUGUUGAAAUUAGCAUUCAGUAAAGACCUGGGAAUAAAAUUUAGUUUAAUGCUGACCACAUAACUACUGCUGAUUGUCAUAACUACCUACCUGGUUCAUUAAUGUCCUUUUGGCAAUGAAAUUUGCUGUCUGUAUCUGGUCUGACUUACGUGUGACUCCAGACUCAUAACAGUAUCAUUGACCCUUGAUUGUUAUCUGAGCAAAUAGGGAUGGGCAAUAAAUGCUAACCUAAUUGGUGACACCUACAAUUCCAUAGUGAACAAAAAAAAGUGCCUCUUUUAUCGCCUGAUUACUAUUUCUGAAGCCUACCCACCGUGUAUAAUAAACUGACUAGCUUGUAAUUUUGAGCAGUGAUCCUCUUCUCAAUCUUCUGAUACCUUCUAUUGAUGGAAUAAAGUGUAAGAUCAUCGCAUGCCUUUUCCAAAAUCUUCAUUCUCCCUCAACUGAUUUUAUGUGACAUAGUUCCCACUUGAAUUCACCUGACAUGCCUUUUUCACUGUUUUUGUUUCAACAAAGUCUCCGCCUCCUCAUCACUUGAGUCCUGACUUUGGCUCCUUUUCUAUUCCACUAUCAGGUUGCUCCCCACUCUUUUCCAUUGAUAAUCUAAUCAGAGAUCAUUCUGACUCAAAUUCCCCCUGUGAACAUAUGGUCCAUUUAGUAUACCUCACUCCCCAGCACCAGAUCCAUCAGUGCUUCCUUUCUAGUUUGCAUUAGAACACACUGACCAAGGAAGUUCUCCUGGGAUGUGGCAUCUCUGGAGUGCAGAAUGUGGUGGUAGAAACCCAAGUGCUUUUUUUUUAAAAAAUACUCUCACAUUGUACAAGUUUAAUUGCUAGUUUCUAGUCCAUUAAUCUUUCUGGAGAGAUUUAUAGGGUCUUUAAGUUUAUAAUAAAGAAAUUUACCAACUAAAUUAUAAUUGGUCUGUCUAAGCUGAAACAUUGUUGCAAAUACUCAAAAUUUAACUUUGCUUUUUGUUUUACUUCAAUUGUUCUCCAACAGACUUUGAUGUUUCUUUUUCUUCUGGUAUUGUUCCAAAGAGCACUACUUCAUGAAUGAAUGUGUGAUCUGUAUGGAAAAUUGCAGUCAAACUCAAUCCUGUUCUUGGGUAACAUCCUUGUGCCAAAGGGAGUCAGUGUUCAGGUCAUUGAGAAUUAGGCAAGGAGAAUGAAUUUUAACUGGGCUCUUUUUCUAGUCAACAGUUAUUUAUAACUGUGAUUUAUUUUUUGACCUUGCUGCCUACAGUUGGAAAAAUAUUCUUCUUGGGUCUGUGGCUCAUCUGCUCUUGCUAUGGGGCACCAAUUCAUCUACAGUGCUAUGUUCUCCACAAACAAGCAGAAUAUGCUCAGAAUGUGUGUUUUUUGAGUUAACUGUGAGCUUCAGGAGCCUUAUUGUUCUCCGCUGCUUUCACAAUGUCAACGGCCUUGGCCAAUCAGUUGCUUUACUAAUCAAUUAGCAUCUUUUUACUGCUGUAGUAUCCAUUGGUUUGACAGAUUGAAACUUAACAUUGUUCCAUUUGCCCUGUUGGAUACAAAACCAGAACUUCAAAUAUGCCUCGCUUCAGUGUUUUUCUUUCAGAAACAUUCUCGGUCUUCAAGGGUUGGUGCUCACAAUAUGUUUGAAUAAUUAAAGUUCCAAAAUGCCUAUUGGAGUUCACUUGCCCGUCAGUUGUGAGCUUCCUCUUGAUUUCUGGUCCAUUAACACUUCCAGAUCGAAAUUCUUGAUUCAUUACUUGGAUGUUUUGUUUGGUGUACUCUAGUUUUUCAGAUCUGUUAUUGGCUGAGAUCUGCAUCUUCCCACUACCAAUUCUGCCAUUUCCACCCCAGUCAAAAGCUUUUUGAUCAGGUUCGUAAAACUAGAUCUCUCUUUUCAGGGUCACAUAUUCACAGCGUCCCCCUCUGCUAUCUGGCCUCAGGUUUCUAACAAGUGAAAGGAUCUGAAGGAACACAGCAGGUUACGCAGCAUCAGAAGAUUCCUGAUGAUGGGUCCAGACCCAAAACAUAAACCUUCCUGACCUGCUGUGUUCCUCCAGUUCCGCGCUGUAUUGACUCUGACUCCAGCAUCUGUAGUUCUUGCUAUCUGCAAGGAUCUGAAGUUCAGAUGAAAGUUUAGGCUAUACCUGCCUAAUUCUGCUGUUUACAACUCUCAUGCUGGUGAGUCAUCAAGCAUAUUUCAACAUCAUGCCUGUUUUAACACAGGUUGGGUGAUACACUUGACUGAGAGCUGCAAGCAGAGCAGAAAUCCAAGUUGUACCUUGAAGUGUCUUUGUCUCUUGGAAGACUGCAGAUGAAGUAUAACGUUUUAUGAAUUUUGAUACAAACGUUAAAUCAUAUUUUGUAUACAGUUACUAUGUGGCUUUUGGAGAAACAUUUGCAAGUUUCAUCUUUCCUGAAGCACACAUUCCCCACUAUUAAGGGUGCAGGUCAGUCUUUGCUGUUUCCACUGCCAGUAGCUGCAGUCCCCAAGACCUUCCUUCCAGAUGGUCUGGUUGACAGCAGGAGGAUCUGUGUGAUGUGAUGGAGGUAUGAAUGCAUGUGCCUGCAUUCACCAUCAGAUGGCGUAGGUCCAUCAGGACACAUGUAAAUCAAAAUACAGAAUUACCAUUCGAUUAACAUUUAGUUGUUUCAUAUCUGAGCAUUUAUAACUAAAGCAUGGUACAGUGUGCAGGGUAUGAUAUAAUUACUAGAGAUUGAAUUUUGUAAAAUCUUUUCGCUAGAUUUUUUAGAAUCCGCCUUGAUUCUAUUACUUGCUUUUCAGCUAUCAGUUUGUGCGUGUGCACUUGAUUUCCAAUGGACUGCUGAUUGUUAUUACUGAUAACAUUUUAUGUAGGUCUCAAAUAUUGUCUUUAGUACUUUUUUAAAAAUUGAGAGUUCUGACUGGUUAAUUGUAUUUUCUUUUCCUAAUUAUUGAAGGAAAAAAGGGUUGUCAAAUGACUGACUGUACAGAAAUUAAGAAAAGCCAACACAGCUUCAGUGGUUGUAUUCUGGGAUGAGAAGCACUGCCCUGCAUAUGAUUAAUGCAUAUGGAUGAUAUGAUUUUCAAGCAUAAACUUUUGUAACAUUAUGCAAUCCUGUUUGUUUCACCUUUGUGAAUUCAUGUUCUCUCAAAACUGUACAUUUUGGAUAGUGUUGCAGAAAUUAGCAUAGUUCAUUGGUCUGACAAAUAAAACUUUUUAUUUUUA